AGAGAGAGAGAGAGACUGUGUGGGAGGAGGGAGGGGGAGUGAGCCUGGGUUCGUCGUUGGUGGUGAGGUUGGAGAGAUGGACACGGAGUAGGCAGAUGCAGAUAACACUCGCUAUCGAUGUCUCGGGGAGUAAAUGGACACAAAUUAAACGUCACACUCCCUCGGAUGUUGUCUUCGGAUGGUCUCGGUCUCGGCCGCGGGCAACACCCCUCCAAACGCAGCCGUCUAUCAGUGAGCUGUCAGUCACAUCGCACCGGGAUUUCUACAUGUGAGUGCAUGGCGCGCCGGGAAGGGCGGAUCUGCUCGGUGUGUGAAGACACGUCGGUGUACAUGGAUGAAAGGUUGACCAUCUUCCCCUCAUUUCAGUGCCUCUGAUUAGGUAAGGUGAUGCAAAGCGUGCACGCGUGGCGCACGAGAAAUUUAUAAUGGGAAGUAAGGCGCGCACGAUCAUCGGUUGCAAAGGGGCGUUAAAAGGCCCUCUUAUCAGUUAAUGUAAGUCUGUGCAUCAGGCUUGUUCCCCCCCUCCCCUCCCACCCACCUAUUCAAAUUCCCAAUCCUGACAGCGACACUGUCCUUUAGCGUUGCCCUAAGCACAGAGCUGGGAAGAUGAUGUGCGAGGUGAUGCCCACCAUCAACGAGGGAGACUCGGCUGGUCCUCCGAGAGGAGGCACCGGCGGCGUUCCAAACGGCUCGGAGCAGGAGGCCAACUUCGAGCAGCUGAUGGUCAACAUGCUGGACGAGAGGGACAAGCUGCUGGAGUCCCUGAGGGAAACGCAAGAGACCCUCAUUCAGUCUCAGACCAAGCUGCAGGGGGCGCUGCACGAAAGAGACGCGCUCCAGCGGCAGAUCAACGCAGCACUGCCUCAGGAGUUUGCUACUCUGACAAAGGAGCUGAACAUAUGCAGGGAGCAGCUGCUGGAGAAAGAGGAGGAAAUCUCUGAACUGAAGGCUGAGAGGAACAACACCAGGCUGCUGUUGGAGCACCUGGAGUGUCUGGUGUCUCGUCACGAGCGAAGUCUGAGGAUGACAGUGGUGAAAAGACAGGCGCCCCCACCCUCAGGGGUUUCCAGUGAGGUGGAGGUCCUGAAAGCCCUGAAGUCUCUUUUUGAACACCACAAGGCCCUGGACGAAAAGGUGCGAGAGAGGCUGCGGGUGGCGCUGGAGAGGGUGGCCACCUUGGAGGGACAACUAGCAACCACCACAGAAGAGUUAAACACAGUGAGACAGAGGAAGGACGGUGAAUCAGCAGAGCGAGCAGAUGGAGCUAAACCUACAUGGAAGAGGCUUCCCAACGGCUCCAUAGACGCUCACGAUGACAGCAGCCGCCUGUCUGAACUCCAGGAGCUGCUGGAUCGCACCAAUAAGGAGCUGUCCCAGAGCCGCGAACACAGUGCUAAUUUGAACGGCCGCAUGGUCGAGCUGGAGGCAGAGCUGGCAAACGCCCGUCGAGAACUUAGCCGCAGCGAGGAGCUGUCAAUCAAGCAGCAGAGGGAACAGAGGGAGAGAGAGGACAUGGAGGAAAGAAUCACCACGUUAGAGAAACGCUACUUGGCCGCUCAGAGGGAAACCACGCAUAUCCACGAUUUGAACGACAAACUGGAGAACGAACUGGCGACGAAGGACUCCCUGCACAGACAGAGUGAAGAGAAGGUGCGCCAGCUGCAGGAGAUGCUGGAGAUGGCAGAGCAGAGACUGGCUCAGACCAUGAGGAAGGCAGAGUCUCUGCCAGAGGUAGAAGCUGAGCUGGCACAGAGGGUGGCAGCACUUUCCAAGGCAGAGGAGCGCCAUGGCAAUGUGGAGGAGCGUCUCAGACAGCUGGAAUCUCAACUAGAAGAGAAGAACCAGGAGCUGGGACGGGCUCGGCAGAGGGAGAAAAUGAACGAGGAGCACAACAAGCGUUUGUCUGACACCGUGGAUCGUCUCCUCACCGAGUCCAAUGAAAGACUGCAGCUCCAUUUGAAAGAGCGCAUGGCCGCCCUGGAGGACAAGAACUCUCUGAUUCAGGAUCUUGAGAACUGCCAGAAACAACUGGAAGAAUUCCACCACACCAGGGAGCGGCUAAUUGGAGAGAUCGAGAAGUUAAGAAACGAGAUGGACCACAUGAAGCGCCGUAGUGGGGUGUUUGGAGAUGGAACACACCCUCGGUCUCAUCUGGGAAGCUCCAGUGACCUUCGCUACUCUAUGGUGGAGGGCCAGGACAGCCACUACAGCACGACUGUCAUCAGACGUGCACAGAAGGGCAGACUGUCGGCGCUACGAGACGACCCCAACAAGGACUACUCCUCCCUGCGCGGCAGCGUCAGUCACCUCCUCGGCAGCGACAUCGAGGCCGAGUCGGACCUGGAUGAUGAUGUCAGCUCUGCCUUGCUUUCCCCCAGUGGCCAAUCAGAUGCUCAGACUCUGGCGCUCAUGUUGCAGGAGCAGCUCGAUGCCAUCAAUGAAGAGAUAAGGAUGAUCCAGGUGGAGAGAGAGUCAGCAGAGCUGCGCUCCGAUGAGAUUGAAUCCCGCGUGAACAGCGGCAGCAUGGAUGGACUCAACGUGACGUUACGCCCCCGAGCCCUGCCUACCUCUGCUACUGCCCAGUCCCUGGCGUCGUCCACCUCCCCACCCACCAGUGGCCACACCACACCUAAACAUCACACGCGCAGCACCAGCCACCAUCUAGGCAUCAUGACUCUGCCAAGUGACUUAAGGAAACACCGCAGAAAAGUAGCAUCUCCAGUGGAAGUGGACAAAGCUACUAUCAAGUGCGAGACCUCGCCUCCAUCUUCACCACGUAGUCUACGCCUAGAAACAAAUUUUGCUGCGUUCACAGGCAGUCUGGAGGACAGCCGAGGGAAGCAGAAAAAAGGCAUCAAGUCGUCCAUUGGCAGACUCUUUGGAAAGAAGGAGAAGAUUCGUCUGGACCAGGCGGCGGGCAGGGACGGGCAGUCAAUACCCACCCUGUCAGACUUUGAGAUGGGCAUUGGUGACACAAUGACUCUGGGAAAACUGGGCACUCAGGCCGAGAGGGACCGCAGGAUGAAAAAAAAGCAUGAACUUCUAGAAGAUGCCAGGAAAAGAGGGCUGCCCUUCGCCCAGUGGGACGGCCCCACCGUGGUCUCCUGGUUAGAGCUGUGGGUGGGUAUGCCAGCCUGGUAUGUGGCAGCCUGUCGUGCCAACGUGAAGAGCGGAGCCAUCAUGUCAGCUUUGUCGGACACAGAGAUUCAGAGGGAGAUUGGCAUCAGCAACCCACUCCACCGACUCAAACUACGCCUGGCCAUUCAGGAGAUGGUCUCCCUCACCAGCCCCUCCGCACCGCUGACCUCAAGAACGUCCUCCGGAAAUGUGUGGGUGACUCAUGAAGAGAUGGAGAACCUGGCUUCCUCCACGAAAGCGGAGAAUGAGGAGGGCAGCUGGGCACAGACUCUGGCAUAUGGAGACAUGAACCAUGAAUGGAUUGGGAACGAGUGGUUGCCCAGUCUUGGUCUGCCUCAGUACCGUUCCUACUUUAUGGAGUGUCUGGUGGACGCCCGCAUGUUGGACCACCUGACCAAAAAGGACCUGAGGAGCCACCUGAAGAUGGUGGACAGUUUCCACAGGGCGAGUCUGCAGUACGGGAUUAUGUGUUUGAAAAGACUUAACUAUGACAGAAAAGACCUGGAGCGCAGGAGAGAGGACAGUCAACAUGACAUGAAAGAUAUCUUGGUGUGGACCAAUGAGCAGGUCAUUCACUGGGUCCAGUCCAUCGGUCUGAGGGAGUACAGCGGUAACCUGUUGGAGAGCGGAGUUCACGGGGCACUCGUCGCUCUGGAUGAGACCUUUGACUACAGCAGCCUAGCGCUCAUCCUGCAGAUCCCUAUGCAGAACACACAGGCACGACAAGUUCUGGACAGGGAGUUCAACAACCUUUUAGCCUUAGGAACCGACCGUCGACUAGAGGAGAGCGGGGACGACAAGUCCUUUCGGCGUUCUCCAUCAUGGCGCAAAAGGUUUAGGGCACGUGAGGGAGGGGUUGGGCUGGGAAUGAUGGCAGGCUCCAUGGAAACACUUCCUGCUGGCUUCCGUAUGCCCUCCAUGCCCCUGCCAACUUCUGUGAAUAUGGGGCCUAAGAAACAUCUCCAGCCUGAAGCUCCUCCCCCAGCGCCUCCGAGAAUUGACCCCUCGGCCGUGCGGACCUACUCAUGCUAACUACUCUUCUGCUUACUAACAGGAGCACUAAUGCUAACAGUGCAUUCUCAUUACCUAUAUGGACACAUGCUUGCGGCCUUUUGAGAGUGAUAUGCCAAAUCUGGAGAGGCAAACCUGGGUGCCACUUGGGGGAGGGGGGCAGUCCACCCCUGCAUUGCCCAGCCUUUCAACCAUUCGUCUCUCAACUCACCUCCGGACACGUGCAAUACAGAGGCCUCCUCUGAAACGUCGAACUUUUGAGAGUGCUCCUCGGCUGUGCUCGCUGCUGAAUCGAGACUUAUUCCCGUCUCCCCCCACAGUUUACCCCAGUGCUCCCAGUAGCCUUGCUGUUGUGGUGUUGUGAUCCUUCUCCCCUAGUCUCAGCUGUGGUUCUUUGUGCUGGCUGUGUGUGUCCGGACAUGGCCAAGUCCAAAGCAGUUUUUUGGGCUGUCACAUUAUUGAAAGCCUUGUAGAUGAUCGGAUUUAAGGGAGUUGGAAGGCUUUAAAGAGCAGCUGUUGGUUUGGAUGUGGGAGUGAUGAAUUCUUGUAUAAAUGGCAGAUCCAAGUGCACAUCGCCCCCUCUACCGGUUAUGCAAGGUAUUAGUCACUAAUCAUAUUUGUACAUAAAAAGGAUCAAUUAUGUUUUUUAUAGAAAUAUUAUAUAAAAAUAUAUAUUGGAAAUAUAUAUAUGGAAAAUGAUAUAAUGUCAUUGCUGUAUGAAACCCAAUGCCCUGUAUUCAAUAGUGACUGUUCUCUCUCUCCUUCUUUCUCUCUGUGUCAGACCUCUGUGUGUCUUUUGCUGUAUGCUGUAAAUGUGUGAAUCGGUACUUGGACGGGGUGUGUUUCUACAAGGACUCCUUACAGGUUCAUGGGUCCAAUUUCAGACUUCUUUCUCUCUGCCUCUGCCCUCUCUUUUCAACCUCCUCUUCUUCUUCUUCUGUUGACACCAUGUAGCCGUUAGCUCUCCGCCUCUCUCGCCUUCCGUACGACACUAUGUAGCCUAGACUAAACAGAAUCCUUUAAAAUGAAGGGCGUGCACGUUUAACGUGCACAAGCAAGCCGCUCUGUACCCAGACCAAUGGGGAUGUUGUGUGUGAAGGGCCGACCCCAGCCAUAAGACCAUGACUCUAUUCUGCGGAUGGAGAGUGUGAACACUGUAGCUCCUCUCUGUUUGUCCCUUACUUCUUCUCUCAGAUCAAACUGUUAACUGCUGCUCAACAUCAGCCAAUGAAAUCCACACCAGACUGCUCAUGACGAUGGACUCGUCCAAUCCUGUCCUGUCACUUCCCAUUUAGUUGCCAUAAAGACGUGAUGCUGAGCAACGUUGGCUGAGCGACCCCUCCUCCGACGAGAACACAGCAUAUGAACCAGUGACGUGCUGGAUGGGUGUACAAUCUUUUUUUAAAGAUUUUUUUCAAGGUGUUUAAAAGGUGUUAUGUGCUAUGUGGCA